CCGUGUGGUUCCUAUGUCAACAUCUUUUAUCGACACACUGAACAUUGUCGCUGAAGCAGAAUUAAAGUAUCUUUUUUGAUACUACACGUUUUCUGACUUUCUUUGUGCUUGUCGGCAGCGAUGUCUCAGGAGGUGUGCUGUUUGAAAGCGCAGCUCAGGGAGCAGGAGAAAGAGAUUACUGCUCUGAAGGAGAAAUUAGCUCGAUUGGAAAAGAGCCAUAACUCAGCACUGGAGCUGCACGACAAAGUGACACCCCUAACCCCACUGAAAGCCAAACCAGCCCUCAGCAAUGAGGACAUCAUGCGGUUCAGCAGACAGCUCCUUCUGCCUGAGCUGGGUGUACAAGGUCAGCUAAACUUAUCUAAGACCUCGGUGCUGAUUGUGGGCUGUGGAGGACUCGGCUGCCCCCUGGCACAGUACCUUGCAGCAGCAGGCAUUGGGCGCCUGGGCCUGCUGGACUAUGAUGAGGUGGAGCUCAGUAACCUGCACAGACAGGUGCUGCAUGGGGAGGAGAACCAGGGCCAGGCCAAGGCUCUAUCUGCUGCCAGUGCAGUGAGAAGGUUGAACUCCACUGUCGAGUGUAUUCCCUACCACCUGCAGCUAUCGCCAGAGAAUGCCUUGCAACUCAUUCAACAGUACGACAUAGUGGCUGAUUGUUCAGAUAAUGUCCCCACUCGAUACCUGGUGAAUGACGCCUGUGUCCUCAGUGGCAAGCCUCUGGUGUCAGCAAGUGCCCUGAGAAUGGAGGGACAGUUGACUGUAUAUAACUACCGUGGAGGUCCCUGCUACAGAUGUCUGUACCCAGUACCCCCACCCCCAGAGACAGUGACCAACUGUUCUGAUGGAGGGGUGUUAGGAGUGGUUCCAGGGAUAAUGGGCUGCUUCCAAGCUUUGGAAGUCAUCAAGAUUGCCUCUGGACAAGGCUCUUCCUGCGGCCAGCAGCUGUUGAUGUUUGACGCACAAGAUGCCAGAUUCAGGUCCAUCAAGCUGCGGCCCAAGCAGGCUGGCUGUGCAGUGUGUGGAGAGAACCCCAGUGUAACCAAGCUGGUGGACUAUGAGAGCUUCUGUGGGUCUGCUGCUACAGAUAAGUGCCGCAAACUCACCCUCCUCUCCAGAGAUCAGAGGAUCACAGUACAGGAUUAUCAAUCGAUAAUAAACAACGCAGAGCCCCAUCUUUUGUUGGAUGUGCGCCCUCUUGUGGAGGUGGACAUAUGCCACUUACCCUUCUCUCUCAAUAUCCCACUCUCAAGUUUAGAGGAGAGAAAGAGUGAACAUAUCCAAUUAUUUCAGGAGAGAAUCAGCCAGUUGAAACAGCAGAUGGCAGGUGACUGCCGACCUCCAGUGUAUGUGAUCUGUAAGCUGGGCAAUGACUCUCAGAAGGCGGUGCAGGUUCUGGAGAAGAUGAGUGGAUCAGAAGUGGACAGUAUCACAGUGAAAGACAUCUGUGGAGGUCUAAUGGCCUGGGCACAGAGAAUAGACCCCACAUUUCCACAGUAUUAAUCCACUAAAAGGCUUUUUUCUUUUAAUAAACGCUGCAUUCUCUUUGU